AUGUCACCACACCGAGGUAUUUCCAAGAGCAAAUCACGAAUACUAAGCAAGUUCCAAGAGGACGAGAUAUUUGGUGAGCAGGAGAUCGAUCUCGAUGACGAGUUCAAGACCCUCAAACUACUGGACUUUCAGCCGAUGGCCAAGAAGGACGUUCGAGACUACGCAGAAGACUUUGAGAACGCUGGUGGAGACUUGAAUUUCAAGUUAAAUCCUCCUUCAGAAGCAGAUAUAAAGCUUAGUCCAGGAACUCUUAGCAGCUCUCCCAGAAGAAAGUCGCUUAGUGAAUACAGUGAAGAUACCGAGGUGACGUCUGGUUUCAAUGACGAAGAGUUUGAGGAUAUCGAGGACGUCUUCGGCAAAGAAGAACCCGACUCGUCAAAGCUUUACGAUGUGCUAAACAGUAAGAAGGCCAAGUUGCUCCACGACGCUGAGAAGGAAGAGAAGGAAUUAAUACGGAAGUACCGAGGGGAAGACCUCACCACGUUGAAAUUGAAGAACCUCGACAUCGACUUGAUUGAAAAUGAUAAAACAAUCAACUACGAAUACACACGAGACGAUUUCGAGGAUUUCGAGGAAGGGUUCGAAAACAUCCACAAGCUCAGCUUCAAGAAAUCGAUGCCCAGUCUCAAAACCCAGUCGUCUUUGGGCAUGAGGAAGUUUCAAUCGAGCUACAACUUAGCCCAUGACAGGACCCGUGGAAUAGACUCACAUCCUAAGUACAACAAUAAGCUCAUGAGCAAACUUGGCCGGAUUCCAUCCUUCUACAACCAGCGUAAGCUCAACGAGAUGAUCGAGGAGAAUGAGAACUUCCGCUUGACCAAACAACAGUUGCUUCAGCAGUACCAGGAGAUUGACAAACAGCAUAAGCGCACAAACGAAAAGAUCUUGAAUCUCAAGAAGUCCAUGUCGAUGCCGGCGAGAAGAAGCAAGGGCAAGAAGAUAGGUUUGGUGCGUUAUCUCGGAGAAGAUGUUCCCAAUGUGGAGAACUCCAAAAUGAAGUUCAACAACGAGCUGAAAAACUGGGAAGGUAACGAGAUUGAGUUAAUGAAAUUCAAUAGCUUCACCACCAAAAAGCCUUCGUUGAUCAAGUCCAACGAGUAUAACAACGCCAAGGGCCCCAACUCUUCCAAUAUGGUGUUUGAUCCGAUAAACUUGAAGUGGGUGUCAAAAGCACCUGAAGAAGAUGUAUUUAAGGGCCUCAACGAACUUAACGAACCCGACAACAAGGGCCGUGGGGUCAGCAACUUCACGGCCCGAACAUUAUCUACCAACGUUGAGGAAUCUGACAACGUCUUCAUUGUGUCAAAGAAGCUCAUUGAUCGGUUCUUAAAAGAAGAGACAAAGUUGGCUAGGCGAACCGAAUACUGGUUCAAUAAGCACGAUAUAUAUGACUUGGACGCCGAGUUCAAUCCCGACUAUUACUGGGACAUUCGCAAACUAGUUAUGGAUAAUGAGUAA